GUGCCCAUCAGUUCAAGGUGGCGGCUUUUUCUUGUGAUCAGUUUCAUUGAUUGGAAGAUAUGAGAGCCUUAGAACAAUUUGAUGCUUCUCAAACUCAGUCAUCAUCUUCUUCAUCUUCCUCCAUUGAUAGCAACAACCUCCCUAAACCACCACCACCACCACCCUCUUCAUCUUCAUCUCUCUGCCUCUCUAGUGUCUGUAGAAGAAACAGAACAGAUUUGAGCACUGACUUGAAACUUGGUCUCAGCAUCUCUCAUUCUUCUCAAUCAGAGUCAGCAUACAAUUCAACACCACCAAGGGAGGAAACUUUUGAUUGGCCACCAAUUAAGUCCACAUUGAGGAGCACCCUUGUUGAGAAACAAAACCAUCGGAGCCAAACACCUUCUUUGUUUGUCAAAGUCUACAUGGAAGGAAUCCCCAUUGGUAGAAAAUUAAACCUCUUGGAACAUCAUAGCUAUGAUGGGCUUGUAAAAUCCCUUGGCCACAUGUUUAGGACCAUCAUUCUUUGUCCUAACUCUCAACCAAACAACUCUGGGAAUUUUCAUGUGCUGACUUAUGAGGAUCAAGAAGGGGAUUGGAUGAUGGUUGGAGAUGUGCCUUGGGAGAUGUUCUUGACCAGUGUGAAGAGGCUGAAGAUCACAAGAGCUGAUAGAUGCUAGUUUUUCAAUAACGCAUACAAUCUCUGACUACAAAAGCUCCACCUCAAUUUUCAAUGUUCAUAAUUUUUUUCUAGUUCUUAGUUAGAGGUUGGGCAAAACCAGUACAAAUUCUACAAAAAAAACAAUAGCUUCCAUGAUGAUCAUAUACCAUAGCUACAUCUUGGUGUCUUGCUGCUCGGCCCAUGGGAUUCCCUGUCUCCCCUAACAGUGGUAUCAGAGCUUCCGGUUCGAUGGAUAUCACUUUGUGUGGUAUUGCGAAGGUGCUGAAGAAGUGUGACAUUGUGAAGUGCUGUUUUGGGAGGUUCUGGAAAGACACCUCUUUUUUCUGGGAACCAACCCGGUGCACGGUUUACAGUCGGUCUGCAGCUGUGAUGAUGUUGUGAUGGAGGAGUUGAUGCAAUCAUGAUUACACAAGGCGUUCUGGGCAUGAGAUUGUCCAGGUGGCACAUGAGCAUUGGUUGAUAUAGAUGCAAGGUGUGUGGUGAUAGCGUGCGGGCAUUGGCUGGCAUUCAUGCAAGGUACGUGGUUAUGUCGAUGGCUGAUGAACUUCCGAAGAAGCCAACAUGGAAGUUGCACCAUAAAUUUUCAGCAAGGUUUCGGCAUGUGGAAAUUCUUGGAACGAUUUAGUUCCAAGUGAAGAAAAUUCUUGGGAUGGUUUAGUUCCAAGUGUAGUGUACUCUUUUAUGGUGGAGUAUGAUAAUUUAAUUUGUCGGUAUAUAGACAAUGAGAAUUAUGUUUGUCAGUGAAGACAAUGAUUAUCGGUAUAGACAAUGAAGGCUGAAGACCAUUACAAUCAAGGUGGAGAUUGUUGGGGUUGAUUGCAAUGUUAGUCCCACAUUGCUAAUGAAGGAGAAAAAAGAUCAAGUUAUGCAUUUUGGAGAAGUCCCACGUCGCUUAGAUUAGUGAGGGGUGGGAGGGUCCAAGACUAUAUAUAGGGAUCUCAAGCUCCUUGUUUCAACACACCAAAAACACCAAAGAUGUAGCACCUGAAAACACUUUAAGUUUAUAUUUGUGUUUUCAUUUUCUCUUAUACUCUUGUUUUAGAGCAUUGUGAGAUGUAGUUCAAAUAUUUACUUUGGAGAGUGCGGGUGUACUGGGGUCUUGGGGUGUGGUUGAGAGUGAAGUCUAUGUGUUGUAACAAUUUUCACAGUGUUUAUUCUCUGGUUGUCGGUUUUGACAACGACCGUGGUUUUUUCUCCGGUUUUGGAGUUUCCACGUAAUAUUCUUGUGUUGUUGAUUGCGCUCCUGGUUUAUUUUACUUCUUCAGCUGUGUUAUUUCCUAACAGUGGUAUCAGAGCCGAUGGUUGGUGUAGCCAUGGUUACGAUUCCUUGUGUCAAAAGUCUUCCUAGCAGUGAGGCUAGGCGGCGGGUUCCGUUGACUUGGUGAAGCGAACGGCGGUGCAAGGGUGGAUAUGCUUCCGCAGAGGGGGGGCAUGAUAAUGUGGCGGUUACUCGCACUUGAUGGGGAGAUUGUUGAGAAUUCAAGUGCGGAGUUGGAGUCCCACAUUGGUUAAGUUUGGGUGAGGAGAAGACUUUAUAAGGGAUGUGGCCCAUAAACCUAAUGCCUUAAGGUUUUGGGUUAAGAUGUGGCGUCGAGAUCUCUUGGUGUCUUACUCCUCGGCCCAUGGGCUCCCCUGUCUCCCCCAACAAGUGGUAUCAGAGCCGAUGGUUGGUGUAGCCAUGGUUACGGCUCCUUGUGUCGAAAGUCUUCCUAGCGGUGUUGCUAGGCGGCGGGUUCCUUUGACGCGGUGAAGCGAACGGCGGUGCAAGGGUGGAUAUGCUUCCGCAGAGGGGGGGGCCAUGAUAAUAUGGCGGUUACUUACACUUGAGGGGGAGAUUGUUGAGAAUUCAAGUGCGGAGUUGGAGUCCCACAUUGGUUAAGUUUGGGUGAGGAGAAGACUUUAUAAGAGAUGUGACCCAUAAACCUAAUGCCUUAAGGUUUUGGGUUAAGAUAUGGCGUCGAGAUUUCUUGGUGUCUUGCUCCUCGGCCCAUGGGCUCCCCUGUCUCCCCCAACACUACAUACACACAAUAAUAUAGACGUGAGUUUAGAGUCUCAUAUUGUUUAAGAAUGAGCCAAUUGAAAGUCAUGUAAGAAAUGUGACACAUGUCUGCGAUGUUUUAAAGUUUUGAAAUUUU